AUAUAUAGCAUUAGAAACAAAAAAUCCAGUAAUACAAGUCUAAAAAUCUUGUUUAGAAUUAGCGACUAGAAAUAACACUUUUUUUGGAAAAACUGGUAAGUUUUCGAAUCUGUUCCCGUGACGCAAAUGAACCUCCCACACUGACACCAUUUCCUGUUAAUAUUUUUCAACCAAAAAAGCUAUCCCAUAUUUCCACCGAUUGCAGUUAUUUGAUAUUUUUUUAUUUCGAAGUACUGUGUUCAUUCAGAAAUUAUUCACACAAAAAUCGUCGAAAAUGUUCAUUCAACAAAAGGCGAGCGAGCCGAGGCACCUCCAUAAAAAAUACAUAAGUGCAAAGUAAAUCACAAUUCGACGAGCCUUCCCUUCCCGGUGGGGGGGCUCUUCAAACUUUCAGCUUCUCAUUUUAGUUAAGUUCAAGUAUCUGGUGUGUGUGUGGUGUGUGGCUGUGUGUUGUUGUUGUUGUUCGUGGGAGGGGUCACUGUACUGAGCGGCCCAAAUUGGAAGGCGAAUCGUUUUUCAACCCGAACAGCCCGAAAAACGUUUCUCAGAAUCACCGAACAGCCGAAAUAUCGCCAAGUCAAUGCAAAAAUGGUUCAAUCACUGGGCUCAUAAUUUAGGGCACUCGUCUCUUAAAGUUCACGAAUGUCAAGUGCAUGGAUCUGCCGACUUCCAGGGGCUUCACGAAAUACGAAUAUUGUCGCCUGAAAGUGAUCCGCAGGAAUCAUGUGGAGCUCUCCCUGAAGGUCAGUCUCCUGCAGCUUCCGAUUCGGAAUUUGACAGCCCGGCUGCAGUGCUUCCAAAGACGCGAUGGCUAUCGACCCUUUAUGUACAACAUACUCUUUGAUUUCUGCAAACUGAUGAGCAGUUCCAACUACGCCAUAUCCUUCGAGCGAUUUAUAUUCGACUCUAUACGAAAGCAUAGCAAUUUUAAUCACUCCUGUCCAUGGAAGGAGAACCACAUGACGGUGGAGAAGUUCGCCCUGGAACUAGACAAGAUCAAUAUGCCAGUACCCUCUGGCACCUACCGCUUGGAUUUCACCUUUUACGCCUACGGUAUAGCUCGCACAUUGACACAGGUGUUUUUUGAGAAAAUCGAGUGAGACCCAGGCGUCACUCUUGCGUUCUUAGUUCUUGCGUAAGUUGA